CUCGCAAUGACUUCUAUGGGCUACAUAUCCGUCAUAGUGAAUAUCGCUCUGCUCAGCGUCUCGGGUGCCAUUUAUGAGCUGUUACCCCAAAUGAGUACCGCACAAUCCAUUCUACUCCUUGUGGUGGUUGAGCACUGCAUCUAUGUGCUCUACUACACUCUCUCUUCUCUCAUACCCGACACACCGAGUUCCGUGAUGCAACAGCUGGCAGUGCUGGAAUACCGUCGCCGCGAGGCACUUCGAACAUUAGAACGUGAGUCAAUGCGAGAAUACAAACGCCAAAGGUCCACCUCAAAAUCCCAACAGGACAAUGGUCUUGAAGAAGAUAAACCAACGGAAUGAAUCGAUUAUUGGCAACAGUGUUUCCGAGAUCGAUGGCUGUGACAGUUGUUCUCCAACUUCUUUUCGGUUGAUACUUUCGAUAUACCUCCAUUAUCAUCACUUCCUUGUAUUUAACCCACAAAAACUGAGUCAUCAUGGUGAUGGUUAAAGAAGAGUGCAAUCCGCCUAAUUUAUCUUUCAACACAAACGCGACAGAUUUUAUCCCGAGCCACCUAUUAUUUUCUGCUUCAGACACCUUGAUUUUCCAAAGAUUGUGUUAUUAUUUCCUUCCCUACUGUACUGAGAAUUUCUACACCGAUGUAUCUUCCUACGGGCGAUCUCUGGUCGAUUUACACAUCAACACAGCUUGCAAUGACCGUGUAGAGAACUUGAAUACGACGCCCAGAUGGCUGAUAGAUGCACAAAGAAGCACAUGACAACAAUGUGUAAUUAACGUUAAAGAUUGAAUCGGCCAGAGUACAGUUUAUUCGCUUGUUUUUGUGCAAAAACAUUUACAAUAAAAUUCCUAUUGCCUU